AUGAGCGAAGCCCAACCCCAGCAGCAGGGCCAGCAGGCGCCUGGCGGCCAAGCAGCACAGUUGAUGCGACCCGACGACAUUCUCAGGCUUCAGUGUCUUAGCGAAGAUGAAAGGCAGAAAUAUCGCCAGAUCAUGAUGAACUUCUGGAACAUGACCCAGCACCAUGCGCAGGGCACAUCCGAGCAUACCACGGCGCGCGCGAAGCUCUUCGAGUACUCACAGAAGUUCAUAACCCGCGAGAGACAAUUCCGCAAGCAGAAGAUGCAACAACAACAAGGAAACCAAGGUCAAUCCAGCCAGGGGUCACAGCAGAGCCAGGGCCAGCCCAAGCAGGAGCAACCACAGGCGCAAAACACUGCAGGUGCGCCGAGCCAGGCUUCAGCACAGCAGUCCCAACCACAAGCCGCCAACCAAUCGCGACCAGCUGGGUCAGCCCCGCCAAUCGACAGUGCCAUAUACAAGCAUGUACAAGCAUUCCCGAUUCACCUCCCGCCCAACGGCCCAACUCCCGGAACACCAGAAUACAACGCCAAGGUUAAGGAAUACCGGAAUGGCUACUUGAAUAUGCUGGUCAAACAAGCGCAACAUGCGGAGAACAGGCGGAAGAUCCUGAGCCAGAUAGAAGAAAAGCAGAAAACAGGACAGGAAGUUCCCGCCGAUGCGCUGAAUAUGAAGGCGCGCAUAGAAAAGGAGCAUGCCAACAUGAGCGAGCAAGUGGAGAAGUUUCGCAAGGCGCAGAAAACGUGGAAGGACGAUCGGGAAAGAAAAGACCAAGAGGCUGCGCAGGGACAGCCGGUGUCGCAAGAGCAGUCCCAGAUCCCGACCCAAUCGCCGCACCAGCAGCAACAGCAACCACAACAACAACCUCAAGCACAACACCUUCAGCGACAAUCCUCACAGCCAGGCAUUCCUAACCAGGCCCCGGUCAAAGAAGAGCCACAAAUAAAGGUCGAAGGUGGCCAGGUUCCGCAGCAACAGCCCGUCGCGCAGUUCAACAUGCAAGGUAACCAGCAGCCGCAACAACCGCCCCAGAACCUCCAAAUGCCGCCCUCGAUGCAGCAGCAGCUCCAGCAUCAACAGCAGCAACAUCAUCAACAACAACAACAGCAACCGCAGCAGCAUCCGCAGCAGCAGCAACAACAAGCUCGGCCACCGCCUGGCCCCCACCCGCAGGGCAUGCCACCAAGCCAGGUGCAACAGCAGUUCGCGCAGCCAGGACAACAACAGCACAUGCAGCAGAACCGUCCGCAGAUCAACCCCCACCAAGCAAAUGCACACCAGCACCAGAGCAAUUCACCUCACCCUCAAUCAGCCACAUCCAAUGCGCCAGGCCCGCCCGUCCCGCUUUCACACCAAGCAGCUGUCAGCGCCGCGAACCGCUCGUAUACCGACCCCCAGCGCACUGGCACGCCGCUCCAGCAAGGACAGGGCAACUUUGGCAACAGGGAGCGCGAGCAGCUUAACAACCCCAAGAUGCCGAUUCCCCGCCAUCUCAACGUCACAUCGCCUGCGCCUGUGCACAUGGGUCAGGCUCGGCCAACCAUGAGUGGACCCACUAACGGUGCGCCUGGUCCUAUGGGACAGCCUGUCAUUCCCCGGCCUCCUCCAUUCCAGCUCGAGGGCGAGGGCGACCGUGUGCUCAGCAAGCGCAAACUGGACGAGCUUGUUCGCCAAGUCACCGGUGGAUCGGAGGAGGCGCUGACUUCCGAGGUUGAAGAGGCGGUGCUCCAACUCGCCGACGACUUCGUCGACAACGUCAUCAGCAGCGCAUGCAAGCUCAGCAAGCUCCGCGAGUCACCACAGCUCGACAUCCGCGACCUUCAACUCAUCCUCGAGCGCAACUACAACAUCCGCAUCCCCGGCUACGCUUCGGACGAAGUGCGUACCGUGCGCAAAGUCGUGCCAGCUACAGGCUGGGUGGAGAAGAUGAAAGCGGUCAACGCGGCCAAGGUCAUGGGCGGGAAGACGGACUUUUAG